GAGCAAUAAUCCCUUGUCAUUUUUUCCACACAUACACACAUAAAACGCAUGUUUAUAUGCGAGGGAGAUGCACACGUGAGGUGAGACCAUCCACAAAGUGAAAGCGCAUUGGCAAAAAAAAAGUUUUUAAACGCAUAACUAAAUAAGACAAUGCCCAAUGAGUGAGGUGAUAAAUAUGAAAAUUAGCUUUUGGAAAGUCUCCAUCAUUGAGUGAGACUUAUUUUUGCUCGUGGAAGAUUAGCAGCUGACUGAGCAAGAAGAUGAUAGCAGUGAAACGUGUUCUGAAAUAUGGGAUUUUGGGAAGUACAAUCCUUGGCAGUGGCUACAGUUUGCACGCCAAUGAUUACAAUAUCAAUUCUAUAGCUCUUGUUAGGCUGGCUAAUGCUGGUUUUGCCAUCUAUGACAUAGCCUGGACGUACAAGAAGCAACUGUAUUACAAGGAUUGGGAUAAGACUAGCCCUGAGUAUAUCGAGCAAAAAAGUGUAUGCCACAAGAUUGCAGCCGAGAGACUAUUGAAGCUGAUUCGAACUAAUCGGGGAGUUUAUAUUAAAGUGGGGCAACAUAUUGGAGCUCUGGAAUAUCUUUUGCCUAGUGAAUUUGUCCAGACGAUGAAAGUAUUGCACAGCAAAGCACCCCAGAAUUCUGUGGAUGAUCUUUUUAAGGUGAUAAGGCAGGAUCUAAAAAAAGAUCCACUUGAACUGUUUGUUGAUUUCGAAACUGAACCACUUGGGACAGCAUCCCUGGCCCAGGUGCAUCGAGCAAAACUCAAGGAUGGCAGUGUAGUAGCUGUAAAAGUUCAACAUCCCUAUGUCCGAGGAAAUUCAAUUGUAGACAUGAAGACUAUGGAAAUUUGCUGUCGUGUUAUGGCAUGGAUCUUUCCUGACUUCAAUAUGCAGUGGCUAGUGGAUGAAUCCAAAAAAAAUCUUCCCAUUGAAUUGGAUUUUCUAAAUGAGGGACGCAAUGCCGAAAAGAUUUCCGUAAUGUUCAAGGAUUACAAAUGGCUUAAGAUACCUAAAAUCUACUGGAAAUACUCAACGGACAGGGUAUUAGUGAUGGAAUAUGUAGAAGGAGGGCAGGUGGAUGAUCUUGAGUACAUGAAGCGUCACAAGAUCGAUCCUAUUCAAAUUUCAAACUACCUCGGUGUACUGUAUUCCAAUAUGAUCUUUGUAAAUGGAUUUGUCCACAGUGAUCCACAUCCUGGAAAUAUUCUCGUUGCAAAGACAGCCCGGGGAGACACACAAGUCAUGUUAUUAGAUCAUGGGCUGUAUUCAAUGCUCUCAGACCAAUUUCGCUACGAUUAUUCCCAGCUCUGGUUAAGUAUUCUUCGGGUAGAUCGCGUGGCUAUGCGACAAUUUAGUGAGAAGCUUGGAAUUCGUGGAAAUCUCUAUGGAAUAUUUGCUUGCAUGAUCACUGGACGUCCUUGGGAGGCUGUUCUUCAGGGUAUCGAUCGCACAAGACAAUCCACAGAUGAGAAGAAGGCCAUUCAGAAUGAAACAUCAAUGGUUUUGCCUCAAAUUGCCGAUGUAUUGGAGCACGUGGAUCGACAAAUGUUAUUAAUUCUAAAGACUAAUGACCUCAUCCGUAGCAUUGAAACCACACUUGGUACGCAGAAUAGACAGACAGCCUUCGCAGUAAUGUCAAGAUGUUGCAUCCAAACGGUGUUCCAUCAGGAGCAGGCCAAAAGUAAAUCAGAGUGGAAGAAAUUCUCUUUAAAGCUUAGAAAAUUCAUCAUAGAACUCAAAAUCUCCAUAUACUAUACUUAUUUGUGGAUAUUGAACCUUAGACUCUGGUCAUGAUAAUAUAUAACAUAUUGUAUUAUUUCUCCUUGAGCAUUGCAAGUAGUACUCAACCCUGAGUCGCCGUAAAAGGGAUGAAGAAACAAAAAACAAAAGGUACUAUGCAACCCAAUAUUUUAGCCAUGUAAUAAUAUUUGUUUUUCAAA